AUGAAUAUACCAGAUACUGAUGAAGAUAUUUUGGGUGUUAGUCCUGAAGAAUUGAAUAAUAUACUACAAAGUCGAGAUGAAAUUAUUCAGAGAAAAAUUGUUCCAGAACUUGUUCCAGAUGUAAGUGAAGAUUACAAAAGUGCAUUACCAACAUCAUUAUCAUCAUCAUUAACUUGUGUUGAAUCAACCUCCGUGUACGAUCGUCUACAUGCAGUAUUUUCAACAGAUCCUUAUUUGUACGAUCAAGAAUUAAAUCGAAUGGGUAGAAUAAGACGAAAACUUCCUACAUAUAUUGGUAUUUCAUUUGGAUUUAUCACGGGUGCUAUGCGUUUAGUUGUAUCUUAUGAUGAGUUUAUACGGACUAAUAGCCUUACAAUAUUUCGCUCACAACAUAUUGCCAGACGUUCUGCUGUUGAUUAUAGCGUUCUGAGAGCUAUCCUAUUUGGCGUAUCCACUGGUUGCAAAGUGACUUUAUUUACAGGUGGAUGUUACACACUACCAUUAAUCUUUUCUGCAAUUCAAGGAAAAACAAGCUACUGGGAAUACGCUGCCGGUUGGGGAAUUACAUCAUCCCUGUAUUGUUUUAACCGUGGAUUAAGACAAAUGUUUAUUGCAGGAGUGGUUGGUGCUGUGCCUGGUUUGAUUACCGGUGUAACUGCUCUUUUUGCAGCUCGUAAGUCAAAUUCAACGUUUGAAGAACUAUUAGCAAAACAAUUGGCUUAUACUAAAGGCAAUCAGGCUUGAUACUUACACUUUCAUCACCUGUUCAUAUUUUCAUAAACUGUGUAGUAGUAUUCAUAACUUGAUCUCUUCUUAAGUGUUUUGAAUGAAACAUCAUAGAAACAUUGUUUAGAACGUAGAAUAUACACAUACCAAUGGUUUUAUCAAAAUGCACUGUGUGUUAUCAUUGAUAUUUCCUUUUUUUUGUACAUAGGGAUCAAAUAAAUAAUUAUGAUGUAUUUCGAAGCUUUUAAUUUCUGUCUCCUGUCUUACAUAAGUUCUUCUUAGUUGUGAAAUCUUUAAGUUUGGUCUAAAUUCCUUUCAGUUUUUGCCUCAUCGUAUAUAUCUACCUUCACUUGAUUAGGAAGAGAUGAAUCCCAUUGUAACUGUCAGUGUUAUUAUUUGAUCAAGUCAGCAGUUCAUUGUUUAAUGUUUGUGAUGAAGCACUGUAGCAUAUUUCACUUACCAGUGUUAGUUUUAUUCAUUUCAUCAAUUAUGGUUUUUAUUAUUAUUUAGUACAC